GGCUCGAGCGGAAACAAAAAAAUAAAUAAAUAAACGAACGCAUAAUAUUGAGAUAAUUUGCUGGAGUUAUAGAAACUUUCAGUACGAUGGAUGUUUGUCGGGUUUGUUUAGUAGAGGAAGCGGACGUUUUCUUUUCAUUAUUUUCUAAAUUAGAACAUAAUUCGAUUGCGGAAAUGAUAAGUGUUAUAAGUGGAUUGGAGAUAGCGAAAGGCGAUGGUCUUCCAAGGUACAUUUGCAAAGAGUGUUCUGAGGAGAUUUUAGAGUGUUACAAAGUUAGAAGAAAAUGCUUAGAUUCCGACCGGCAGCUACGCAAUGCGCUGGAAGAAAGCCAAACCAAGAUCAAAAUGAUGGAACUAUAUUUGAAGAAAGAAAUAUUGAAGGAAAAAUCAAGCGUUGGUGGCAUUGACAUGGCAAAAGCGAUUGAAAUCCCAGCGGAUGUUCUAAUGAAUAUGGCAAACCAAGAUAAUCUUAUGAACAUUGUAACUUCCCAAGAACAUAACGACAUUGGAGAAUGCAGUGAGCAAAUGACGGUAGAUGUAAAAGUUUUAGACAUGGAUGAACCGACUAUCAAAACUGAUUCAACAAACCAUGAUACCGUCAUUUAUAGCAAAAUAGACAAAGAAGAGCCUAUUGAAAGCGUGGAAGACACCGGUGUAUGCACUGAGGUACAUGUUGGAAUGGUUCACGAAAGUGAAGCACGGGGCGACGUUUAUGAAACAGUUCAAGACCCUGCGGAGGAGGACUUUGAAUAUACGGAAGAAUUUUUAGAUAUGGCGAGAGAUGAUGAUGAAAUACAAUAUUCAGUUGAGACAGGUUCCAGUGAAUACUAUUUGAUUCAUCCAACAGAAUCAAACACACAAUCGGAUGAAAGCGAAGGGAAGAUGAUUUGCUGUGGGUGUGAGAUGCAAUUCUCAACAGAUGAAGAAUUGAAGCAACAUUCCACAGAGGAGCAUGAAAAAAUGCGAGUUAAAAACAGCGCGAAGCCAUAUGAGUGUCAUAUUUGUUAUAAACGUUUCCUCAGUGAGCAACGUUUGAUUCUACACCAAACCUAUGCAUAUCGGGAAAAAAAUCAUAUUUGUGAAAAAUGCAGUUCUCGUUUCACGUGCCGAGGCUCUCUUAUGAACCAUAUGAAAACACACGCCGAACGGACAUACACUUGUGAGAUAUGUAGCAAAUCUUUCUUCACCAGCAGUACAUUGCAAUCUCAUCGUAUUCUCCAUACGGAUAGCAAACAAUUCAAGUGUACGGAACCAACUUGUUCGAAAAGUUUCCUACGGAAAUCCGAUCUUCACAUCCACCUCGUGUCACAUUCCGAUGAGCGUCCGUUUAUCUGUGACAUUUGCUCAAGUCGUUUCAAAUCGAAAGCUCAUCUUGUUCAUCACGGUAAAGUCCAUACGAGAGAGAAACCUUACAAAUGUGGCAAGUGUGACAAGGCAUUCGGGACGUACUCCGCGCGAAACGUUCAUCAAUUGGCCCACGAAGGUAUUCAUCCGUAUAAGUGUAAUUUUUGCGAUAAAAUAUACCAGCGCAAUACAAAGCUGCAGGUCCACAUACGACGUAUUCAUACGGGUGAGCGUCCUUUCAGUUGUGAUUUGUGCACAGAUGCACGGUUUUAUCAAAAUUGGGAACUAACCGCUCACAAGAAGAAGGUUCAUCACACGGAGGCGGCAAACGAGGGCGGUACAGAAUCCGUUGAAAAGGAAGGGGUUUCUCAUGUCAAAUUAAAGAAACGGUAAUGCGGAAACAUAACGUUUGCAAAUGUAGUAAAUUCA